AUGAUCCUUGGACCGGUGUCGCUGCUCGACUGCCUGGCCUUUGUAAUAUUUCUCGCGCCGCAACUUCUCAUCCAUGUCGGCUUCUUCCGGACAUUGGCUGUCGCCGUCAAAUCGUUGCCGUUUCUGAUCUUCGAGUUACCGACAUCCUUGUUUCACGAGCGCUAUCUUCUCCAGUACAACCAGCGUUCGCCCUUCGUACAGCAAGCGACCUUCUUCGAGGACGUCGUCAUACGAUGCGUGCGGUACGCCUUUGCAAACCUUCCUCCUAACAUCGGCCGCGUCUUUCUCUCCAAGUACGUCUCGCGGCCGUUUUUGAGGUUUCGCAUGCUGCGGCAUGGUUACCUGAGCUCGCCCGCCCACUGGAGCGAGUACAAGCAACAUGGUGAACAUGGCUUUCAAGGAGUGUGGAUCACUAAGGAUGCAUCGAAACCCCCCGAUAUCGUCAUCUACUACGCGCAUGGAGGCGGAUUUUCGAUGGGCUCCGCGUACUUUUACCUCGAGUUUCUCCUAUCGUGGCACUCGCUGCUGGUCCAGUCAGGCUAUCAGAACCCCGCCAUAUUCGCCCUCGAGUACACGCUGGUUCCCGACAAGAUGUACCCGACGCAGGUAUACGAGACGUUGAGGGGAUACAAGCACGUAUUGGACAGGGCCGGCGAUCCUCGAAAAGUGGUUGUGGCAGGGGACUCGGCGGGAGGGACCCUGAUUUUGACGCUGUUGCUGGAACUAGGUCACAUGAACGAGGCCAGAGCUUUCAGGGAAAAGGGCGACGAUUCCGCCGCAUCUGAAGGCGAUAGCCAGGAGCAACUGCGCAAGGCGUCCGAAUCGCCGCUCCCUGGGCUUUGCGUGUUGAUCUCGCCGUGGACCAAGUUGAUAUCCAACCGACACGAGAAUUCGGCCAGCGAUUUCCUGGACCGCGUCACGCUGUGGAAAUACGCGUUGCAGUACGCCGGUACCUCGCAUGCCUACGAUAAAUCGGCCUCGCCCGGGCAGUGCGUCGAUCAUCGGGUAUGGGCGGAAGCUAGUCCGCCAUGUGGCUUCUUCGUCACGUAUGGAUCGGAGGAAGUUUUCGCCCCCGACAUCAAAGACAUCAUCAAAGUGUUGGUAAAAAGUGCCGAAGUAGAAAGCUGCGUUGAGGAGGGCGGGAUCCACGCUUGGCCCGUCGUCGAUUUGUUCUUGUCAGGCAACACGAACAAGAGGCUGAAGGGUCUGCGGACACUCACGUCAGCAAUCGGAAAACACAUUCAAUAG